CUGCAAACUCCGUCUGCAAGUCCUUAGGUAGCCCUAGAGGAAGAAGCACGUGAUGAUUGAAGAAGAAGAUGAUGAUGAUGAUGAGCUGUGAGGGGCUCUCUUGCAGCAACAGCGUCACCUGCUGUCCCACACUUGAACUGCAUUGGCACUGCGCUCCGCCAAUGAGUCAGCGUCAGAGAGGAGCUGCAGGUCAGUCAUCUCUAAUUAUUAGCAAUACAUUAUUUGAGCCCUUAGAAGGACCCGAAGCAGCUGCUUUUUAAAAAACAUCGUAAUUAGAUUUUAAUCUAUUAGAUCUUAAUUUAGACUUGAGACAAUUUCGUUUCUAAACUAAGCAUGGAUCAGUUUCGUGGUUUAUUUGUUAAACUGGACCAAAACAAGGAUGGAUUCAUAUCGGUGGCGGAGCUCCACAACGAAAUGAGGAAGCAUGGGAUCCUCUCAGCGGAUGGCAAGGUCCAGAAUAUCAUUGAUUCUUAUGACAAAGACAAAGAUGGCCUGCUGGAUUAUGAAGAGUUCCUCAGAUACAUGAUGGACAGAGAGAGGAAAUGGAAAAUUUACUUUCAUGACCUUGACAAGAACAAGUGUGGGGUGAUUGACCAGGACGACAUCAUAUGUUUGUUUAAGGAGUUAGGAGUGGUCAUAUCAAAGGCGAAUGCAAAACAAAUAAUUCAAAUGAUGGAUGAAGACAGUUCAAUGACGGUGGACUGGGGUGAAUUCCUGCACCAUGUCGUCCUCAACCCUGUGGACAACAUCAGGGAGCUGGUGUCCUCAUGGAAACACAGUCUGGUUUUUGAUGUGGGUGAGAGCCGCACAAUGCCCAUCGAGUUCCCAGAGGAGGCGUCCGGUUUCGGUGCGUGGAGGACGUUUGUUGUCGCAGCAGGACUGGCAGAUGCUGUAUCCCGAAGUGUGACGGCGCCCAUCGACCGCCUGAAGACCCAACUUCAGGUUCAUGGAUCCAAGGCCUUCUCCCAAGGCUUUCAGGAGAUUAGGGCAGGUGGUCUGCGGUCGAUGUGGCAAGGAAACGCCGUCAAUGUGUUGAAAGGAACUCCACAGUCAACGCUACAGUGUCUUAUCUACGCCCAGAUGAAGGUGUACACCCAAAACAGAACACAGGAGACUCUGACGGUGCAGCAGCGUUUUGGCUUGGGAUGUGUGUCCGGUGCUGUUGCUCAUGCUGCCUUCUACCCUUUAGAGGUGCUGAAGGUGAGAUUGAAUCUGCAGCAAGCUGGCACCUACAAUGGUGUUGUGGCUUGUGCCCGAUCUAUUUACAGACAUGAGUCGAUGUCCUCCUUUUACAGAGGAUUUAAGCCGAGCAUCCUCUGCAUGAUGCCUUAUGCAGGUGUGGAGUGUGCAGUGCAUCAGUCAAUCAUGAACUGGGCAAGGAGUGAUCCAGCCUACAGCAGUGAGUCCAAACUGUUUUUCUUCAGUUUUGUGGCCUUUGCUUCUGGACAAAUGACCAGUUACCCACUGGCAGUGAUCAGGACUCAGCAGCAAGCACGAGCUUUCAGCUCAGACUCACAUCCGGCUUCAGGUGUAUUACAAGGACUUAUAGGGAUAUAUGAAAGAUGUGGAAUUAGAGGAUAUUAUAAUGGAAUGGGAGCCAGCUUCGUCAGGGCUAUUCCAUGUGCUCUGAUAAACUACACUUUAACUAGAAAAUUUGAAAAUGUGUUUUCCUCAAUUGAGUCUUGGGAUGUGUGAUUGCAAUAGACUGGCAACCUGUCCAGGGUGUAACUUACCUCUCGCCCAAUGCAAGCUGGGAUUGGCUCCAGCCCCCCCGCGAUCCUGUACACAAAAUAAUGACGAUGAGUGAGUAUUGACAUAUAAUAAAGAAGUUUUUCAGGGAUUUGAUCAGGAACACAAAGAAAAAAAAGACUGUGAACUCUUAUUAAUUAAUUGAGUGUCUAAAAAUAACUGGAAUUCUUUAAAUCUUGCUUAUAUUUCAAGUCUGCUAGACCUACAAUGUCAUGUGAAUAUCUGUAGCUUUUUCAAAGCUUGAGUUAAGGUUUAACAACUGACCAAGAGCAUGAGAUAUGGUGAAGUGUUUACAUCCAGCACACCUCACUGAGUGCUGAUGCAUAGUUGACUUGUAAUUUAUAAUCUGACCAAGUGUAAUAGAUGCCCAGUUGAGAUUGGGUUGUGUAAAUGAUGCGUGAGCCAUAGGCCUACAAUAAACGUUUAUUUCAUAACAGA